AGUUCUCAAAGUCACGCAGCCACAGACGACGCCAACAGAUAGACGAAAAAAAGAUAGAUAUAGAAGUUCAUCUCUUGGUCUCAUCAUAAAUUCCACAGCUCUGUCGAAUCAGUUGAGUUAGUUGUCCACAGCAACGAGAGGUAGAAUUUGGGCAGAAUCUGCAUUAUCGAUACAGUUGUUUACCGCUCGUUUUUCGAGGUUAUGAUUUACUACAGUGCGCUUUCAUUCUGAUUGUGAAUACAAAUAAUAAAAGCUACUCUACAAUGGAUAAAUGAUUGAAUCGAAUUUCUGUAACAUAAAUUCACAUGUUUUGUGGUUGAGUCAGCGGUUAGAAGCGGUUCGUAAAAUCCCAAGCCACAGUCAUGGCUCAGUCUUAUAAUCCUUACUACAAUGAAUAUCAUCAAAACUUGGAACUGCAACAGAAUAUAAAGUAUAAGAAAAAGUAUAGAAAGCUGAAAAGGAUCGUCAAAGACACAGUCCUCGAGAAUGCCGCACUUUGUGAUCAAGUUGCACAAAUGCAGGAGAAUCUUUUGGUUGUCAAGGAAGAGAGACAUUUUUUGCUGCGUAAACUUUACCAACAACAGGGUGAAGUCGAUCCUACAAUGCUGACAAAAUCACAGACGAACAGCUUUGGAUCACCAUCUCCAAACCAUGAAGGAGUGGCCCCAAAGAAAAGUGUAAAAAAGAGGAACUCUACCGAAGCACUGGAAACUAAGAGCAAACCAAAGAGGUACUGCAAGGCAAUGCGAAGGGUGGUGCAGCUCAUACCGCUAGAUAUUCACGGUCGCCCCGUUUUUCCAAUUUCUUUAGGUGAUCUGACAGUCUAUUCGCUCGGAGAAGUUGUUUCAGAUCGCAUUGCAUACCAUACAGAAGAUCUUAUCUAUCCUGUUGGUUAUUGCAGCACGAGAAUGUUUGCGAGCUUGAGAGAUGCUCAUACUAAGAGUUUAUACACUUGUAAGAUUUUAGAUGGCGGUUCAAAUCCAAGGUUUGAAAUAGUUUCGGACAGUGAUCCUGAUCAGCCUUUAGUUGGCUUGUCACCCGACGAAUGCCAUUCCAGACUCUUAGCUGCGAUUUCUCCUACCCUUUGUUCCAUUCCUCCAAGAGGAGCAGAUUUCUUCGGUAUUUCUCAUCCAACCAUUCAGAAUUUGAUACAGAGUUCACCUGGAACACGAAAACUUGCAAACUACAAAUCAGUACGUUUUGAGGUUUACAAGAAUCAAAAUUCCGAUCGAGCAUCGAGUCCCAUUGCCGAGGAAGAAACAGACCCUGGUCUUGGGUUUUCUGCCUUACACAGGACUUUUGCAAUUCCUAAUGGUUACAGAAUUAAAGAGGAACCACCAGAUCCCAACUUACUUACGUUCCAAGAUUUCCUUAUGUGAUGUUUACGCUCAGUAUUAACAGUGUAUGCGAGACUAAUAGUGUAUUCCAUGUUAAUUCUAGUUACUCGAUUUAAUCAAAUUGAACAAAUCUACAAAUGCUAGUGUUACUUGUUGAAACCACGUGUUUGAAUAAUUUUUCAACCAAAUUGAGAUUCAAUUAAUUGUAAAAAGUGAUAAACGGCAAUGAGAAGAGCCUGCUUGACAUAUUAAAAGCUACGUAGUAAAAAAUUAAAUGCGGCGGAAAUAAUUGUCACAAAAAUUUAUAAUGCAUUGUAAUGCGUGUAAGUAUAAACAAAAAAUGUUUUUAACGUUGUAUACAAAAAGAUUUAUUGUACAUCAGAUUCAUAACACGUACGAUGGGCCCUGUCUCACAUUUGAUAAAGAUAACAUAAAAAGGUAUUUAUCACAAGUUGAUAAACAAAACGAUAAUAAUAGUUUCAUUUGAGUUAUUUAGCUAUAAAAUGAAAUCCCUGGAUUUUAUUAAGUUAAUAUUAAAACGUACUUCACUAUACCUGCCAAAAACAAAAAUUAAUUCUUUGUGCAUGAUGUCAAUAAACGUUGGGCAUAUUUAGAUUUGAGGUAAAAAUCAAUCUACAUCCAAUUAGGCUAAAUUGUUUCAUUAGAUAGUCUGACGAAUAUUGAAGCAUUUCUAUUUAUAAUAGUCAAUUAUUUAUAACUAUAUUUAUGUCGAAUGAAGUAGAUUAAAUUUUCGUACUCAAUACAGAUGAUCAUUUUUAAAAAUCACGAGCAAGUUAUCUAGGUUGAUCUGUUAAAGCUGUGUCGAACAGUUUGUCACUUGACUGCUUUUGUACGAUUCAAAGUAAUGUUGAAUAUAAAGUAGAUUAAUUUUUUUAAGGUCAAAAUUCAUUUCACAAUUUCUAUAUUGUAUAUAUAGAAUUCUGUCUCAGAAGGCGUUACUAUUAUCUAGGUAUAUGCAAACAGAACCUAUUAUAGCCAAUAACAAGAACACAGCUGCCGAAUAGGCUAUAGUCUACAAUAUGAUUUAAAACCUCUUCAUGUCCAACAAUUAUUGAUCAGUCUAAUCAGGAGCGAGAUCUGAUAUUUUUGUAUUAAGGAACAAGAGAUCUCAAAGUCACUAAUUAAAUCUGUGGAGUUGUCUAGUUGUGUUCCUAUUCUUAGCGUUGACUAUUGUAUCAGCAUGCAAUCGGAAGAACAACACAGUAAGAAAUUACAUUCUGAAAUAUAUAUACAUAUUAUGUUAUUUUACGGGAUAUGUAUUGUUGCAAAAGUUUUUGCCUAAAUAUCUGCGGCGUAAGUGCUGAUUUCUCGUCUCAUAUUGAUUACCUAACUCACAAAGCAUCGUUUGCGUUAAGCCAUUUUUGAGUAUCAGAUAUUCUCAAGUAAA